AACCCCCUCCACCACCCCCACUACCUGAGCCCAGGGGAGAGCUAUAUACAGUCUAACACUGCCCCCACACCGCCAGUCCACCACAAGGCUCCCCAGCAGCAUCAGCCUCCUCCAUGCCAGGGCCUGGCAGACAGCUACCCCAGGGCCAACGCACCCCCGGUCCCAGAACUACCUCCAGGCCAAGCCCCAUACCUAGCCCCAGGCCUCGGGCUGCCCUCAUCCUGCCUACUACCUGUGCCUGGAUGCCCUUCAGAACCAGGAUAUUCAUACCUGCCUCCCACAGCUGGUCAAUACACAGGGCUUAUAUUGCCUGACUGUAGGAAGAGAAGACUAACAGAACCCCUUGAGGUACAGAACCAUUUAGCGGCUGUUCCUCUAGCAGGGGGCUCCGAGAGGGGAGGCGGUGACGUCCCGUCCUAUGACAGUGACGGGGCCACAGAGAGCAGCUCUGGGAUGGGGACCUAUCAGCUCCUCACCUGGGAUCGCUACCAGCCUGGCCUGUGGACACCGCUCUACAACAGUAACUAUGACAUCCUCCCUUCUCCCGGUUACCAUGUGGACACCGAUAAAGGUUUCAACUACUCCACAGCUGACGAGUCCUUCGUGUGUCAGAAAAAGAACCACUUUCAGGUCACAGUUCACGUAGGGAUGGCCGGAGACCCCCUGUACGUCAAAACACCCAACGGCCCUGCGCCGAUAGAGAGCUUCCACAUCAAGGUGUUUGGCGUGAAGCUUGAGGCACAGACUCACAAAGUCACCAUAGAGCAGUCCCAGCCGGAUCGCAGCAAGAAGCCAUUCCUGCCAGUCAAAGUGAGUCUACCAGGGGACAAGAUCACUAGAGUUACUCUGGGAAGACUGCACUUCAGUGAGACCACUGCCAACAACAUGAGGAAAAAGGGUAAACCCAACCCUGACCAGAGGUACUUCCUGAUGGUGGUGGGUCUGUACGCCACAGUGAGGGAAGAGAGUUACCUGCUGAUAGCGUUCAUGUCAGAGAGGAUCGUAGUCAGGGCGUCGAACCCGGGCCAGUUUGAGAACGACAGUGAGGUGUUGUGGCAACGAGGACAGGCUCCGGACGCGGUGGUGUGCCAGGGGAGGGUGGGCAUCAACACAGACACCCCCGAUGAAGCCCUGGUGGUCUGUGGCAACGCUAAGAUCAUGGGGCAGGUUAUGCAUCCCUCCGACAGCCGCGCAAAACACAACAUACAAGAGGUGGAUUCAACAGAACAGUUGAAGAGAAUAUCUCAGAUGAGGAUUGUGGAGUAUGACUACAAGCCUGAGUUCGCCUCAGAGAUGGGGAUCGAUCACAUACAUGAAACGGGCGUCCUAGCCCAGGAGGUGAAGGAGCUGCUGCCCACUGCUGUCAAAGUGGUGGGGGACAUCACCUGUAGCGACGGAGAGAGGAUACGCAACUUCCUCAUGGUGGACAAAGAGCAGAUCUUCAUGGAGAAUGUAGGGGCUGUGAAGCAGCUGUGCAAGGUGACUGACAACCUGGAGAACAGGAUUCAGGAGCUGGAGGGGUGGAACACAAGGUCAGCCAAGCUAAAGGACAUGGGCAGCCCUGCUAACAGCAGAAACCCUGCUAACAGCAGCACUAAAGGGAAAAUAAACAGACACAGCAGUGUUCCACCACCACAGAAGCCAACACCUCUCAAAUCUGUCAAGGCAAAGUUCCACCGCUGCUUAAAACACAAGUUUGUUCAAGUCAGCGUGAUCAUUCUGGCAGCAACAAUGGCUUUCUGUUCUAUUGCCAUCACAGCUCUCUACAUGCUGACUCUGAGAGACGACGCCGGCAUGCUGCUUCCUGGAAACACCAACGAGACUACUGUGCAUCCUCUCUACACCACAACAGUCAGGACGACCUCAGGUAAACAACCUCUCUACACCACAACAGUCAGGACUACCUCAGGUAAACAACCUCUCUACACCACAACAGUCAGGACUACCUUAGGUAAACAACCUCUCUACACCACAACAGUCAGGACUACCUCAGGUAAACAACCUCUCUACACCACAACAGUCAGGACUACCUUAGGUAAACAACCUCUCUACACCACAACAGUCAGGACUACCUUAGGUAAACAACCCAUAAAUGCUCUUUAUAUAGUUCUACUUUCAUCACAGUAAC